AUCUACUUUAUUGUCAUCAUUCUUUUAUCGAUCGGCCGGGGAAUAGAUUGUUAAUUGCUACUUGUCUUCGUAGUUCAGCCUUGAAAAGCAAAACUACCGCAGAUGAGCAUGAUGAAAAUUCCAAAAAUUGUUCUUGUGAUUGCUCCACUUUUGGUUUUGUCUGUGGUAUUUGCGAAAAAUAGGAAGGCAGUCAAUUUAAUGGCAAAACCAUCUGCUAUGGCUGCGAGGUCACACAAUUUAAGAAGAUUAACGAUUGUAAGAUGCUGCGGCAAGAAAAGGUGCUCGGACGUAACCAGGAAGAAGUUAUUGACGACGGCGUUGAACAAAAUAUCGGCGAUCACCAACUUUAAGAAGCCACUGAAUGUCACCACGACAUUGAAAGAAGUUGAAACGACGGGGCAGGAAAUAAUCGAUCAGACGCAAUUUUCAACCGAUGAAGUAACUUCUCAGACGCAAGAAGAACUUCCAAGUUCAGCAGACGUGAUGAUAUCAGACCAAUCUUCGACCACAUCUUUCGAAAAUCACCUCCAGACUCAACCCAACAGCGCGACAGAAAAACUACAGACUUUUAUAUUAUCAGAUUCAACCACAGCGAAGUUGGAUGCCGCAAAUGAAACGCCUGGCGUUUCUUCUCAGACACCAUCUUUGACUGUAAACGCAGCUUCAGUCGUUCCUCUUUCAGUUUCCAAUCCUAGCAUCCAGGAAAAUCAAGGCACCAUAACUUUGGUGCAAACCAAUGCACUAAGCUUGACAACCACAACCAACAGCGUAGCUUCAAAAUCCGCAAGUGUAGCUACAACAACAACCAGCGUAGCUACAACAACCACUAAGCUAACUACGACGAGGACAACAACCAAAAGAACGACCACAACCACCGCCACAACAACCACCACGCCUCCCCCCUGCAAUGCUAAGUCGAACUGCCAGACUUUUGGGCAAAUGGCCAGCGUCAAAACGCCCGUUGCUUCCACCAUCGCUGGUUCUGCCUACACAUCCUGCGGCCGCUCUUAUUUUGCAGGCUCGACAUCAGUAUCUGUUUCAACAGCGGCCGCGCAUUGCAAGGCCAAACAAUUAAGCCUGCUGUCCAUAGAUACCGCCCUUGAAUUCCAAUGCCUCCUGGAUUUGUUCAAAACAUAUAUAGUCAAUGCUAAUCCAAACUUCAAUAAUUUCUGGACAAGCGGCGCCAAUGAAGGCGAGCUGUGCGAAGAUUUCAAGGUUUACUCUUGGUGCUCUUUGAACAACACUCUGCUGUCGUCGGAAUUUUCGCCGACGAGGAGUCCGAAUAGCUCGUUCUGGUCGAUCGCGACGGCAACCAACAAAACGGCCGACCGCUGUUUGCUUUUCAAAUUCAACCGGUCGACCACCGAAAGUAAAGGUUUACAGCACUUGCCCUGUCAGAGAAACGUUCCGUACAUUUGUGAGCCACCGUGUCAAAAACCCAACUGCCCAUUAAGCUGCGACCCUGAUGACUUUCUGUUUGACGCCAAUCAAAAAUUAAUAGAUCCUCUCUCAUAUGGAUUUUGGACUCAAAGUUGCGGCAGCAAAUAUUUAUUUGGAAAUUCACCAAUGACCUGGGAAGAAAAUUGGAAUAUGUGCUGCCGUCUAGGGAUGGCACCGGUAAUAUUUGAAACCUACGAGGAACAAUUUUGCCUGCAGAAUAUUGUCAAGAGCAAUGGGAGGUUGAACUUCAAUUACUGGACGGCGGGAACAAGGCAGGGUUGCGACGGUCAGUGGUCCUGGUGCGAUUCUGAGGGCAAAAUUCCACCCCUGAACAACGGUUUGAAGUGGGAAAGGGGCCAACCGGACAACAAGGGUGGGAACGAGGAAUGCGUACAUCUCAGAUUCGUUCUGAACGACACUGGGGCGAUUUUGUCAGACAGAAACUGCACAAGUCGGUUUGUCUUUUUAUGCGAGGCCAAUCCGAAGGACGUGGAAAAACCACUUUGUUCACAGCCAACGUGCCCUCCAGUAACACCGAGAGAUCAAAGCCUUUUUGACGUCAAUCAGGAGCUUAUAAACUUGUACAAGUACGGUGGAUGGGUUUCGGCCUGUGGUCGGAUGUACAUGUUUUCAAAAGAGAAGGCAAAUUAUACGUUCGCGUGGAAAACGUGCAAUUCCAUAGGACUGUCAUUGCUGUCACUGGAUUCGCCAGAGAAGAACAAAUGCUUGACAAAACGCAUCAGAGAAUACGUCUUGCUCAUCCAAAGUAGCGGUUAUUGGACAUCAGGCACAAACGCCAACUGUCGCGAAAAGUUCUUUUGGUGCUCGAAAGGUUCAAAUUUCGCACCAAAAUAUGUCACUUGGAAAAGCGGUGAGCCGAGUUUGGAAAAGGGCGAGUGCGUCUCCGUUGAGAUCAACAGGAACGGGACCGAGGAGUUGUCAGUGCUGGCAGUUUCAAAUUGCUCCGAGCAAAGAAAUUUCGUGUGCGAAGGCAGACAAAAAGGCACCGAAUUAGAUGGGAUGCAAGCCGAGUGCAUGGCGACGUGGGACAUCACGCAAGCUGACGUUGAUUUGCUGUUCCAUGGUUCAAGAAACUAUUCGCAAAGGAUUAAAUGCUUCAUGAAAUGCAUUGGAGAAAACAGAAAUCUGUUUUUUGAUGGCAAAAUUGAUCCGAUCCAAAUGCUGAGAUUGAUGGAAAUAGCGACGCAGGACACGCCGAGUGCAAUGGACCAAGGCUUGAAUGGGUAUGUGCAGUGCUCUUCGAUAACCGGCAAUGACGAGUGUGAUUUGGCCGCCAAAACUUACGACUGCGGCGUCGAAAAAAUUCCAAACGUCACGCAGCAAAUGGUCACCGUAGGAAAAGGAAGUGCAGUCGUGUUCACUCCACCAAUCAAGUGUGUACCAGUUUUGAGAUCGUGUGUAACGGCAGAUUCAGUUCCCUGCGUCGCCAACCCAGCACUGGUUAAUCAAUUGACCACCACAAAUCGCACUUCCAUGGGAUCUUUAAUCUGGACCAAGGCUGCCAACAAACGUAUUUUUGUGUCACCUUUUACAAAUAAUUCGAAUAACAUUGCGCCCUACCAGUACUGCUGCUCAAUAGGGAUGAAGCUUAUUGAAUUCAGCAAUGCAAACGAUUUGAAUGAUUUUUACUAUUCAACUUCAUCAAUUUUGACAAGCAAUGUCGCUUAUCUCUACAUAUCUGAAGUCAUGGCCCUUGACUAUUCGACAGAGGUGUGGUGUGGAACUAAAACUCCGCUGAACGCGUCCGUGUACCGAUACAACUACAUUACAAUGCCAAAAAUGGAUUGCCUACCCACAGUCUAUAUGCUUCAAAGAUUGGAUAUUUCAACUGGAACAGUAUACGUUUUGAGCUUGUACGGCUUAAAUUUCAGUGCAGCAGUAUUACCUGCUUUUGCCUGUCAAUGAGCAUUUGAUUUGAUACAGCACGGCUUUGUUUCUACUUUUCUCUGCUUCACAUUGGUUUGCUCUCAUAAAAAAAUUAAAUUUCAAGUUCAAAAGAGGACACACGAUACCGAAAAAAAAUGCUUUAGUUUGUUUGCUUUCAUUGACUGAAAAAAAUUGAUUAAAAUUGUAGUUUUUUUUGUCAUGAACAUAAAAAAAGAAAAAAUCAAAUAAAAAUUUGA